UCUCAAAGUUCCCAUCGCCGAUCUCCACUUCUCCAGGAGCCGCACGAAACGACAUGGUGGCUACGAUCGAGGACCUGCACGCGGACGUGCUGGCCUGCGCGCUGCGCCGCCUCGACGGCCGCUCGCUGGCCGCCGCGAGCUGCGCCACGGCGGGGCUCCGCGCGCUCGCCGCGGACCCGGACACGUGGCGCGCGCUUUGCCUCGCCGAGUGGCCGUCCCUCGCGGCCCAGCACUGGCUCCUCUCCGCGGUGCCGCCGCGCCGCCUCUUCGCCGACGCGUCCCCUUUCCCUUGCCCGGACGCCGGGGAGCCCGGCGCCGGCGGCCUCCCCGCGAGGCUCGUCUCCGCGGUGGACGUGUACUACAGGGGCGAGCCCGUGCUGUACCGCGUCGUGGAGACGCCCGCGUCGUCGCCGUGGUUCCUCAGCUCGCCGUUCCGCGUCGAGGCCGUGGACUGCAAGAAGCCGGCGCCGGUGGCGGCGGCGUUCUCCCCGGCGGAGUUCGAGCUGAGCUGGGUGGUCGUCGACCCCGCCCGCGGCCGGGCGGUGAACGUGUCGAGCAGGCGGGCGGUGGCCCUGGGCCGGCACUGGUACACCGGCGAGAUGCUGGUGCGGUUCGCGGUGGUGCUGGGAGGGUGCAACUUCGAGACCACCGUGGCCUGCUCCGAGGAGGCCGGGCACGUCAGCGAGGUCAGCCUCGCUGUGGAGAACGCCGACGGCGCGGCGGUGAGCGGCGAGGGCGCCCUCCGGCUGCUCGCCGCGGCAAUGGAGGGGCGGAGGAGGGGAGGCGAGAGAGAGCGGGAGGAGGCCAAGGCGAGGUACGAGGUGUUCGUCAAGAGCAAGAAGGGGAGGAAGGAGAGCAAGGCGCGAAGAGAGGUGCUCGUUGACCUGUGCUGCUCCGCCGCCAGCGCUGUCGCCGUGCUGGCCUUCUUCGCCACCGUCGUGCUCCGGUGACAAGUUCUUUUUGCCACCGACGGGCGGAUCCAGCAAUGAGUUCAUUCAUGCAUGAUGUAGGUGCACAGUAGGCAUCAUGCGGGAAAUGAAUUGUUUUGUGUAAGAUUCCUAUAUGGUAUUUCUGCGCUCCAAAUAAGACGGCAUCAAAGCAAGAACUAACGUGUAUUUACAUCUUCUCCCUGGCAGCUAGAGUGUGUACAUCCAUUCUAGUGACAAAGUUUUCCUCCUAAUAAAUUUAGGUGAAAAUGACAGAGAAGUGGAGAGACAGAAAAAUCUGCCAUGCAAUGUGUGACAUUCAAA